AACACCGCACGCGUGCGACCGCUGCAUACAUCCGUAAAUACAUUCGUGUAAUUAUGUGUUAAGUGGAAUACAAGCAUCCAAAAUGAAAGGCAGGCAUCAAUUCCGACGCCGUUUUAGCUUACAGCCAUCGUUUCUGAAGGAAGAGUCCGAAGAAGAGAAAAGACCGCACAGACCAGAGAGGACGGAACAUACUGUAACAUCAAGCAGUGGAAAUUUAGCUAAUAAUGCAGUCAGACACAAAAUAGUCGUCAUGGGCGCCGCGAAAGUCGGCAAAUCGUCAUUAAUAUGCCAAUUUCUAUACAACACAUUCUCACCAAAAUACAAGCGAACCAUAGAGGAAAUGCAUCAUGGAGAUUUCAACGUAGCUGGAGUUAGAUUAACGCUAGAUAUUUUGGAUACUUCGGGGGCGUACGAAUUCCCAGCUAUGCGCGUUCUGUCUAUGCAAUCUGCCGACGCAUUUAUACUGGUUUAUGACGUCACAGAUGCAAACAGCUUCGCAGAAGUUCGGGCGCUUAGGGAUCAAAUUCAUGAAACUAAAGAAAGUACUGCAGUACCCAUAGUUGUUGUUGGAAAUAAAGUAGACCUGGCGGAGUCUGGGGAGAGAGAGGUGGAAUUCCAUACCACAGAGUCCGUCGUAACAGUGGAUUGGGAAAACGGAUUUGUAGAGGCAUCUGCUAAAGAUAACAUCAACGUUUCUCAAAUCUUUAAAGAACUGUUGGUGCAGGCUAAGGUCAAAUAUAAUUUAUCACCAGCUCUGCGGCGACGACGACGGCAGAGUCUACCGACUGGGCCUCAAGGUCCACCAGGCUCCAGUCCAUCGCCUUCGUCAAAUCAGCCUCAUGUGCCAUCACCAGCCCAACUUGCUCAUUUGCAACAGAUCAGAGAGCGUCAUGCCAACAGCAAACGCAAUUCUUGUGUCAUUUCCUAAAUGCGUAAAAUUUUUAUCUUAAAAUAUCCUACCCUCCUAAGAGUUAAAGGUGAAAUUUGUCUUCCCUUUUAAAUUGAAACUUCUUCCAUGUCACAUCUUGUAAUAAGUGAUAUAAAACGAUGAAUGUAAUUUACUAAUCGAUGUUUCUCAUAUUUUUAGUUGACAGUCAAAAAUUUUAGCGAUGGUGUCUUAUCCCACUGACUUGAUAAUAAUAACGCCAAUGCUUAGUGCAAUUAGUUAGGUUUGGGUAUGUUUUCUAUUUAAUGAAAGGAAUGGAAGAUGUGAGAAGUUGUAAGACGGAGAAUGAAGUAACGUGACUUGUUUGUUGUAAGAUUUCGCUUAAACGUUUUAAAUCAAUGUGUUUUUAUUUUUAAAAUACGUUUUACCGUCCUGUCAGCCAGUAUCUCUCUCAUUUCAUACAAACUAUUAUUUUUAUCUUUGCAAUAUUUUUCAAUCCAACUUUUUCCAUAACCCUCAUUUAUUAUUUAUAGUAUCUAUACAAGAAUUUGUUAUAUUUAUAUACAUGAAUUUUAAAUAUGUGUAUGUGUAAUAAAGGUAAUGAUAUUCUUAUUGAAAUAUUUACUAAAUUAUGAAUAAAAUUUAAAAUUCCAAUGUAUUGCACGUUUACCCCAAACUUUCUGACAGUUGUACCAAAAAAUAAUUUAAUGAAUUGUAGACCUAAUAUAUUUUAUGAAAUUAAAGUGAUCUUGUAACAUUUGUCUUAUUAAAAUUUAAUAUACAUAUAUAAAGUUUUCAACAGAGGAUCUUAUUUAGAAUAUAUUCCUCUUUCAAAGGGAAAUCGUAGUUAAACUUACUUAUUUUAAACAUUUCGAUAGUCAACAUCAAUUAAAACAAAUAUCUGUUUUUCUGGAUUUGAGACUAGCAUUUCAUGAAGUUGAACUUUUAAAUCUAUUUUUACAAUUUAAGGAUUAAAUAUAAAUCUUCUGAGGUUUUACUAAGUAUGGUUCGAAGAAAUCUUAUUUUUGAAAUUAUUGUUUAUGUUAUUUUAGAGUAUUUUUAAUUUAGUGGUAUUCAAUAUACCUACACAAAGAUAGAAAAUUCUUCACAAAAGCCGAAACAACUAAGGUCUGAAUGGAUUUAUUCGUUUACUUAUGUUAUGUAAUUUUUUUCAAGAAAAUUGAAACGUGGAAAAAUUCCUAAGAAUUUUUCAUAUCAAAUACCUCCACCAUAUUUGUGAAAUGUCUAGAAAAAUAAACAAGAUAUCUUCCGCUGUAACAUUGUGAACAUUAUUUAAGAAUUAAGUAAAAUUAAUAUUUUAAACAAUGUUAUAAAAUUGUGAACAUUAAAAAAGUAUUAUUUAUUUAAGUUAUUAUUUUCAAAUGAUUUCGAAACGGCUGCCUUCAAUAUCUUCGAAUUACAAUUCACAAUGUAUAUAUCAUGUGCCUUUUUUGAAUUUCUAUUCUUAGUUGAGAAUAGAUUUUUUUUAAUUCCUUUCACACUUUUAAUUAAAUUAUGUAUAACAUUCAGUUUUUAAGGCUGUGUGUUGGGAAAUUAGUUCAAAAAGUAUUUCUAGAUAAUAAAAUCUACAAUUAUUAUAUCUGUUUGGUAGUGCUAUUGUGUAGUAAGAUUCAUAAUAAUACUAUGUCAUUUAUCUUAAGGUAUAUGUAUGUAUGUUUCAUUUUAACAUAUAUAUAUUUAUUUUCAAUUAAUAAUAAUAUACCAAAUGUAUUUGGA